UCUGAAACUGCAGAUUGGCUUGUGAUACUUACUGAUAUAAUAGGCUGACCGAUUGUCAACGGCAUGGCGUUCAGGCGAAUCUUGUAUGUGGUUCUGAUGGUUGCUCUCAGCGUAGAUAUUGUUACAGCAAUUAAACCACAAUGCUCAAAGUGUCCAUCGAAGUGGACUCUCCACAAUGGCAACUGCUACCAUGUGUUCCUCAUUGGCAAGACCUUCGCUGAAGCUGAGAAGCACUGCCAGGAGUUCACUAGAGUCGGUCAGGGUCACCUGGCGUCCAUAGGCAGCGCCCUGGAGCAUGAUCUGCUCUUCGAGAUGUGGAAGUCAGUCCGUGGGACAACAAAGGUUGGCAUGUGGAUCGGCUUAACUGACAAGGCAAAGGAAGGGAAGUUCGUCUGGACGGAUGGGUCAUCGACCAACUACGCCAAAUGGGACAAUGGCCAACCCGACAACUACGCUGAUCGUGAGCACUGUACUCACAUGAUGAUAGAUCGAAGCGAUGGCCGUUGGAAUGACCUCAAUUGCAACCAAGUUUACUCCUACAUGUGCAAGAUUAGCCCUACGGAGUAAAUCGACCCCACAAUGGACGACCGCGGAGAUGCGUAAGAACAUAUUUGCAACAUCAGACCUGAAGCCCUUAUAACGAUGCCGAAUCGAGGUCAUCUGCUAUGAUCACCAAACAGUCUUACCAAGUUGGACACUAACCAACAGUUUCACUACCAAACUAAACGGGUGAAUUUCAUUGUGUAUAUACUGGCCGGUUACAUGAUAAAAAAGAAAUCAAGUGUACUUUCAUGGCUUAAACGUUCAUGAUACUACAUGCUUUCAAGUUAAAUAUUUAUGUAUUCAGCUUUUGCUCGUUAAAACUGGUGUCCAGUUCAUUAGUGAGAACAAUUUCAAUAAAGCUCAAAAGCACCAGUGACCUUAUCUGCUGGUUUAAACGUUUGAGAAUGCUGGUUGGUUCUACGUUUAAGCCGUAGUCGUAUCUCCACAAACUAAGAAAUCCACGAAUCGCGUAAUUUUGGAGUGUUUCUCAGAACUACAACGCACAAAGAAACGUUUAAAUAUUUCUGUCG